AUGUCAGGCUUCAACCGGGGUUACCAAGCGUUUCUUCCCCAGCUCAUGCUUUCUCCUGUGAGCAUUCAACCUAUCAAAGCAUUAGCCAACAGAAACAAGCUUCCUGCCUGGGAGCAUGUCCUCGGUUCCCUUGUCCGGUUCGCCGGAGACUACCAUGAGGAAAUCACUCGCAAUCCUUUGGACCAGAAUCUCAGAUCCAUGACUCUGAGAGAUUUGUCGUGCGUGCUUAUGCUGCAGGUGUAA